UAGGGAUUACAAAGUUUGCCAGGAGAAUUGGCAAUAACAUUGGCCAGUCUGUCGGUUGACACUGUGAGAUACAAAACGACCUAACAAAACGUUCCCGAGGCAGAAGCCGCGUCUUCGAUCCUAACAAAAUUUUAUAUCCAACCGUUCCCCUACGUAAAAUCAUCUGUCAGAUAUUCGGAAGCCAGUGCUACCAACGGAAAAAAAAAAAAAAAGAAAAAAAAUGGCACUGACAAUCGCCUUACCGCUGUCAGGAAUAGAGCCGGAGCAUUUCUACGCCCUGGGGGUUCGUCUGCUGUACGAUCAGGGUGUUAGGACCCUGACAGGACAAGGACCAGCGUCACCGAGUACCGGAAGCGAGUCGAGCGGUUUCAGUAGCUGCUUCGCACCUUCCGUGGAUUCAUCCACGCCUAUAAUCACGCCGGGAUCAUCGAGGCCUGACACACCGAACGAGGAUCCAAUCAGACCUUCGGGAAAAAUGACACAGGCUAUCAAGGUGGUAUACGGAGAACGGGAUAUUCUGAAUCUCGGUGCCAACAUCAGGGAACCGUCCUGGCAACUGAGAAGCCCCAUGAUGCCAUCUUGCAAUUUGACGAUAUUGAUGGCCAAUAGAUCGAUUUAUUGUAGGUUAGGCAAAUACGCCCUUACCGAAGAUUAUCCGACAAGAAACUGCAAAGAUUGCGGCUUCAGGGAACCGUCUCCGUAUCUCUUCUGACGACAUAAAUUGAGAAGUGACGUCACCGACAACCUAUCAAAUUUAUAAGACAACGCGGCAGCCGGCUCGUAUUGAAAAUUAUUUUCAAAAAAAAAAAAAAGGAAUCCAAAGAAACUAAAAAAGGAUAUUAUCUCAAAGAGACAAAGGACACCGAGAGCGACUCCGUUGCGUAUCGUCCUUAAUAUUUUAAAAAUAAAAAAAAAAACCAAACAACAAUCGACAAGCUUUACCAAAUAUGUAAAAGUUCGCAGCAAGUAUAUACUGACGAAAAAACGAUGAUUCCAAAAGAAGCCGGUUACGAGCUGCAAAAAUGAGCGAUCGAAAAAAAAAAAAUUUUUUUCUACCAAAAGAUGCUCUAUUAUGACUCAACAUAAAAAAAAAAUUAAAAAAGACAGAGAUAGAAACUCGAGACGCAAAUGUUCACGAAACACGUUUGUUGUCAAUAAUUUAUUGAAAAAUGAAUUUAGAAAAAAAAAGUUUUACCAUCAAAACCUCGUCGCACCUGUUCUACGCGUGUAUCUUCAUUAUACACUAUAGCUGUACGUAACUUUCAAUUGAAAUCGCAUUCAAAGCGUUCUUAUCCAUUAUACAGUAAGGACCGUUGUUUAUGUCUAAAUAAACAAUUUAUUUUUAUAAAAA